UUUGCUCAAAGUUCGAGUCCUGAGUAUGUGUAAAGAAUGAAUUUUAGCCUAACUCAUCUCCAAAAACUAUCUUAUAGGGUGAAAAUUGUCCAAGUCCAUAUAAGGAGACCGAAUGAUCUCUCAUAUCUAGCCAAUGUCGGAUACUCAACACUCCCCCUCCCUCACGUCAAGAGCUGGACUUCUAGAGCAUGAACAAUUUAAUAUGGGUGUCCAACAUCAGUAAACCAUAAAUUGUGAUGGGCCUAGCUCUGACACCAUGUAAAGAAUGUAUCUUAGGCUAAUUCAAUCUCAAAAGCUAGCUCAUAGGUGAAGAUUGUCAUAAGGAGACCAAAUCUCUCAUCCCUAACCAAUGUGGGACACUCAGCAGUAUGAAAUCGUCUUUGUUGGGGAGCAUUUUAUCUCUUAAUGCAGAAUUUCUCGACGCGAAUCCGAAUAUAGUCAGAUCUCAAUAUAAAUACCAGAUACUGAAUAGAAAAAAAAAAAAAAAAAAAAAGGAGACAGGUUGAUUUUUAAAACAAAAUUGAGAGUGAAAAUGAUUUCAAGCCAAUAUCUAUAUAAUACCCUCUUGACACCAUCUCCACUUCAAAGCUCCUUUAUCCUUCACUAAGCUCAGCUUCCCCAUAAUCUUCAAAAAUUCACACAUAGAGUACUGUCCAUUUUUCUUCUUUUUUUUUUUUUUUUAAGUAAAUGGCCAAUAAUUUUCUUCCAGUAUACAAGGACCACUUAGAUGAAGAAGACUACAUAGACAUUGAAGUGAGUCCUUGCUCUUACUUUUUUUCAUGUCCUAAAUCUUCCCCUCAAAACAGAGAAUUUGAGUUCAAAAUGGCCUCAAAUACCAAUGAUAAAAAAUCCACAACUUCCCCCGCUGAUGAACUUUUCUACAAAGGAAGACUCCUUCCACUUCACCAAAAAUUCCUCCAAACAGAGCCCUUUCAACAAGAUUUAGAAGAAGAAACCUUUUGCAUAAACUUUUUGAUCACCCCCAUUGGUUCUUGCAAUGUUUCCCCAGCACAUUCUUGCAGUGUGAGUUUUGAACUUAAUCAUCCAAAUGGGCACUUCUUUGAGUGGACCAGUACUGAAUUCACCACUAGUAGUAGCUCCAUGGAUAACCAUAAUAGUCCUAACAAGAAAGUUUGGUCUAAGAAGCUCAAUCUUAUUAAAUAUUCUUUAAUUAGUCAAAAGCUCAAAGCUUCAAGGGCAUAUCUGAAAUCUCUGUUUACCAAAUCUUCUUGUUCUAGUGGUAAUAGCUGUUCUAGAAAUGACAUGAAACUGUCCAAGAAAAAAACCCCAUUUAAAAAUACUUAUAUUGGAACCCGAUUAAAUCCGAUCAUUGAGAGAGCUGAUGGUACAAGGUCAUUCUCAGCAGCAGAAACGAAGUGGAAUUCUCCAAGAAAGUGUUUGUCUUCCUCUUCAACUAAUUCAUCCUCAACUGGUGGUUCUUUCUCAUCAUCUAAUUCUUCCUUCAACUCCAAUAAUGACUUUUAUGAGUUGAAUUUCACCUCAGAGAUUGAGGGUUCAAUUGAGGCUGCUGUUGCUCAUUGUAAAAAGUCCCAAAAGCUAAUUACCAUACCAACAAACAAAUUAAGUGCAGUUGGUCACUAUGAAGUCUCACACCGGUAGAGGAAAUGAGUUGUGAUAAACGAAAUUUGAAAAUUCUCCCCUUAUGAGCUAACUUUUGGGGUCGAAUUAGGGCGAAAGUCCAAUUUUUAUUCUUGCUAAAUAAAAAUGAGCUUUCACGAGUUCAGUAUAAUCACCUAGCCUAUUUUACUUCCCCAAUGCAAAAUAGACCCAUUGUUCUCUAUUGUUGUGAUUCUCAAUAUUGUGCUCCAGUGUGUUAUUCAUGCUCCUGGACGUGUGGGAGAGUGUUAAGUCCCAUAUUGGUCGAGAGAUAGAUUGUUUGUCUCCUUACACGGUCUUGUAU